AUGAGCAUUUUUCUCAUUAACGGAUUCUUCUUACUGUGCUUCAUCAUGGCCACGGUACCGGAUGUUCUGGUGCUGGGUUCACCGAAAGCCACGAAAAUUGUCGACCAGAAAUCGCCACCGACAAUGUGCAACUACAGCAGAGCUAAUUCAGUACUGAAAGCUCAAUGCUCCAAUCAAAAAUUAAAAAAAAUUCCUAUAGAUUUGAAGGCGGACAUACAGAUGCUGGAUAUGAGCGGGAGUCAUUUGAUGGUACUGACGAAUAAAAGUCUGCAUUCUUACAAGAAACUGACCUACAUUAAUCCAGGUAAAGGUCACAUCGCCUCUCAGAGUGCUGUAGCUAAAUGGGAACUUGCUAUCCGUGAUCCCGAACAUAGGCGUCCAGCCGACCCUCCUUAAUCUG